AAUGCCUUCAUUGCUUUAACUGAGCAUGCGCAGUGACCUUCGAUGUGUUGAGUGGGGGUUUACAAGUAUUUGAAAACUUACACAAUUAACCUUAAAAACAUGUGAAAAUUGGGUUAAUAUGGACAAACAUCAUACCUGCAGGAUGCAGCAGAUAUGAAGGAAAUGGUUGGUGGCUGCUGUGUUUGCUCGGAUGAACGGGGUUGGGCGGAGAACCCCCUUGUCUACUGUGAUGGUCAUGGGUGCAAUGUGGCUGUUCACCAAGCUUGUUAUGGAAUAGUGACGGUGCCGACUGGGCCUUGGUUUUGCAGAAAGUGUGAAUCACAAGAACGUGCUGCGAGAGUGAAGUGUGAACUCUGUCCUUCUAAGGAAGGUGCUUUAAAGCGAACGGACAACGGAGGGUGGGCUCACGUUGUCUGCGCCUUAUAUAUACCUGAAGUACGCUUUGGGAAUGUGACGACAAUGGAACCAAUAAUUCUGUCAUUGGUGCCACAUGAGAGAUUCAAUAAGGUUUGCUACAUUUGUGAAGAACAAGGCAAAGAGAGUAGAGCCACUCAGGGAGCAUGCAUGCAAUGUAACAAGAGUGGUUGCCGGCAGUUCUUUCACGUAACAUGUGCUCAAGCUGGAGGGCUUCUCUGUGAGGAGGCUGGUCAUUUCUUGGACAAUGUGAAAUACUGUGGCUACUGUCAAUACCACUAUCAAAAACUGCAAAAGAAGGACAACAUCAAGACAAUCCCAGCAUUUAAACCAGUGCCAUCAGAGGAUGCCUCUCCUGAAUCCUCCCCAGAGAAGAAAAUUGAUGUUAAAGAUAUUAAGAAGGAGAAAAAAAUAAAAGAGAAAAAGCCAUCAGUGACAUCUGAAACGGUGUCUGUGACGAACUACACACCAGCACUGAAAGCCAGCGAUAGGCUGCACGAAAAAGACGAGUCGAGUUCAAGUUCUGCAGCUGGUACACCAAAAUUCACAACAGCAAACUUCAUCGAGACCAUAAUCACACCAAGUAGUGCCAACUUUACUGAAGGUUUACUCGAGAAAGAGAAAGCGAAAGGGAAAAGCUCGAGCAGGAAAUCAAGUGUUGCAGGAACACCACCACCUGUUAUUAAAUGUGAAGUUAAAGAGUCGUGUUCUAUGAUGGCAGAACCUUUGAAUACAUUAUUGGCAGACAGUGGGAACAUGUUGCCGAGAACUAAUAUAGCAGCAGCACACGACACAGAAAGUCAAAAACCAGGUGAAUUUUCACCUCACUUAGGCAAAGAUAUAGGAAAUGUGACGAUUUCAUCCACAACAUCUGCGGACGUAAACAAAUCUACUGCACCCACAUUUUCACCUAGCUUGUCAGGUAAUGGUGAGCAGUCUGGUUCGACACACCCCUUGACACAUGGUGUCAAGCGGCAGAAGUCCCAGAGUGGUGAGAAAAGAAAGCAGAAGGUGAAGAUAGCAAGCGAAAAGAAAGGAAAGCUGCCUACUGGGACUAAGAUGAUGAAGGACCUUUUAUCAAUGAGGCCGCUGUCCCCAACAAAUUCUUGCAGCACAGCCAUAAACAAUCAUUCCCAUGCAGCGUCUUCACCGGACAUCACGAAAAAUUUAGAGAAUGGGCCAGUACAGUCAGCAAUGUCUUCCUCACAGUCCUCGAUGCUGAUAGGGCCACAAUUGCCUAACUUGUCCUCGUCCCAGAACUCUCAGGCUGCAGCUCACGUCUCAUUCCCCACAACAAUGGAGCAAUUGUUAGAGAGGCAGUGGACUCAAGGAUCUCAGUUCCUCAUGGAGCAAUCGCAGCAUUUUGACAUUGCAUCUCUCUUGUCAUGCCUGCAUCAGCUACGAGCAGAAAAUCACCGGUUAGAGGAGCUAGUUAGCAGCCUAUCGGCGAGACGGGACCACCUGCUGGCCGUCAAUGCACGCCUAGCCGUGCCCAAUAACAGCCAGGCGUCGUCCACUAUGUCUGAACCACGCAACACCCGUAUUAACAACACUUUUGUGCCACGUGGCGACAGCAACAUACAGGAUGGUCUUCAUGCACGCAGCCAAGCACGCAGCCCAAUCCAGCACAGUCUUGCAGGCUCUCACAACCAUAUCCCUGUGAGCCCACCGGUUGCAGGACAUGCAGCGCCACCUGCUGCUGAACUGCCAAGUUUGCCAACUUUGCAGGGUCAAAGCAGCAGGGGUACUCUCAAUUUGGCUGGCUAUCCUAUUAUUCCCGCCUCUCAGGGUCAAACUACAGAGGCUAUCCGAGCGCUGCUUCUUCAACAGCAGCAGCUCCAAUCGAUGCACCAACAGAUGGCUCAACUCACACCGGAGCAAUACCAGCAGAUGAUGUAUCAGAUGCAACAGCAUCCUCUAGCAGCACAGUUUGCAGGGAUGGCAGGCAGUUUAAACCGGCAGUCCAGUGUAAGUGGAAAGAACUCUUCAGGGCGCUCCUCUGUUAGCAAUCGGACACCGCCUGAUGAGAAGGGCAAGAAGAGCUGAUCAACACCUACAUGCCAUCUUGACUGAGGUCACCUAAUGGUAGUCUCAUGCAUAGAUGUGGAGAAUGCUUACUUAAAAGUGUUUAGCAAAGGUGAGAGGGAAUGAUCGGCUUUAUGUGGUUUCACUUGGUGAAUUCUCUUUGCCAAGGUACCAGAAUGUGUAAUGUAAAUACUACAUAAUACUGUGUCCAGUCUCCGGCAACAAUACCCACUGCCAAACGUUUUUGUAAUACUGUAUGAUCUGGAAAAUAUAUUAGAUGUCGAAAUGUCAUUAUAAUCACAUGAGUAUUUAAAAAAACAUGUCACUAUUAUAUUAACUAGUAUGUCAUGAAAAGUUUUAUUUCCGUCUAUGUUAUUGUAACAAAUAUCGUUGUGGUACCAAAUGAUAGUAUACCGGGUAGGUAAUAUAAAAUGUUUUUUUAAGAAUGACAACACCUAUAACAUUCCGAUCAUAUAGACAAUCUUAUCCAUAGAAAUAUUUUUAUGAUAAUUAGCCAUCAACGUGCAAGGGGCAUUGAUUGUUCACUGACACAGAACUGUGCACAUGCCAUAUAAUGACCUGCGUACCUGACUAUAGUUGCUAGACAUAAAUGGUGAAAAUUUCAAUUGUGUGAAGAUUAAUUAUAUAUGUUUCGAACAGAAUAAGCAUCUUAUGUCAUGUCAUGCCCAAUAUUCAAUUAUUUGAUGGUGUGAAAGUAUUCAGUUGUUAGUUUGUGGUAAAGCACUGAAGUAAAGAAAUUUCGUUCAUGCUGUUUAUUUCUUUGCAUGUGAUGUCAAUUCAGUAACUAAGUCAAUUAAAAAAACAACAUGAUAGUGGCUCAAAGACAAGGAAAUUAAUACACUCGUGCAUGUAUACGGUGAAUAAAUGUACAACAGACCUGCCUUCCCCUCCGUGACCUCUGAUGUUCCAAUAUCGUGAGCUCUGAGGUAGGAGUUGUGUAUAUUUUACCCACCCGGCCUAUCGACCUAGUGGAGGACACCGACCAGAUGGGCAGGGACAUACCGCUCCCCGUUACAUGCAGGGUUGGGGGCAUGAGGGUUCGACUAUUAAGUGAGUAAUAGCCUUCACGCCCGCAACGCGAUGGGACCACAGACUAACGGAUCUGAUGCGGAGUCUGUAAUGCGACCGGCACGCUAUGUAACCGACAUGUGCAUAAUGCACAACACCGAAGUUUUACGUAUACACGACAGGGAGUUUAUUACGUACGGGACAGUCACUGCGCGCCACGUUCUUCAUCGCACGUCAAUUCCUGAUCAGCCGCUUCGUGUGCACGGUCAGUCGGUCACCGUGCAUCAGCCGGCUAGGUGAGCAUGUAAACAACGAUAGCAGGUUGCUGAAAGAUCGCACAUCGUGCACACCAGCAAUACAUUCGGGGCCACCCAACCUACUAGGCCUACAUACGCUGGCCUACGGUUGACGCUAGGUGGGGAAAAUCUACCGGCCACCGGCCUGUUGCUCUCGCUUACUGCACACACCAACCAUGGCGAGGUGAAGUAUCAUAGGGACUCGCCAGCUGUCAGCCUCACCCCAGGUGCCUGGGAACUGCAAACACGGCAAUCACCGGUGAUAAAGCCGGGGACAGCAUCACUGCUACGGGAUGCUACCCUGUCUAUCUGUAGAGCUGUGUCUUAGCGCUCAGCUUCCUACUAUACCACUACAUUUGGAAAGCAGCUAAUUCCGUUCACAACAGCUCGACACUCACUGUAAUUAUUUAUGUAAAAGAAUCUGACAUCGAUUAUGACGACGUGCAGUUCAUGUCAAAGAGGUUGACAAAUUAGUUAUCAUGUGCUAUCAAAUAAGUUUAUGGUGUGCUUCAUGACAUAAGUCAGAUCAUGUCAUAUUGAUCUUACAUUCAUAUGAUAGCAAAUUUCUUUAGGCGUAGAUAUCAAUAAUAAAAGAAUGUAACCCCACGUUCGUUUCAAAUGGGGUAUAUGAAUUACAAUUUAUAUUACCGUGUACUUGUAUAAUUCAUGAAGUAAUGAAAUUUAAUGAUUCAAUUGAGUUUCAAUUGUAAUUGAUUCAAUUCAUUGCCAGUUAAAUGAUUCACUCGUCUUUGUUUACGUUUUGUGAUUUCUUGCUGUAAUUCAUAUCAUAUUUCGUGACGUUUGUGACUUAUUUAUAUACGUUCAGUAUGGUGAAAUUGUAUUUGCCAAUUAAUUGUAUUUUCUACAUGACUGUCCUGUAGGCAUACUGUUUCUUAUCUUAAUGCCCUUUUCUCCGUAGAAGUAAGUUGCAAUGCGAAGAAUGUGGAAUGUUAUGGGCUACUUCCCUGAUUCUGAAGUGAUGCGUCGAUCGUCGUGUUUCAUAAUAGCAUACCCGUUCAUUGAAUAGUAGAUCUAAAUGUAGCAAGGAAUCUAUUUACACAAUGUAAAUAAAGACUAUUACUAAAUGG